AUGGAUGAACAUACAUUAUAUAUGUACGAAAUAGAAGACAAAAUAACUAUAGGAAAUAUAAACUUAAAUGAAGAAAUAAAUAAAAGGGCUAUAGAAUAUUUUAUUACUGCAAAAAGUUAUAUUGAAAAAAAAAGAUUAAAAACAUGUGAAACUUUUAUUACUGAUAUAUUAAACUAUUUUAAAAAAGAACCAUUUGAAUAUAUAAUAUUUAUGACUAUAAAAGUUUAUUGUAAUUUAAGAUUACAUUGUUAUAGAUCACUUACAAAUGAUUUAAAUUCAUUAAGGAACUUGGAUAGUGAUAAUUAUAAAUUUGAAAAUUUUUCAUCGAAAUAUAGAAAAAAAAAAGGAUCUAUGAUACCAUUUUUAUUAAGAUUAGUUAAUUGUUAUUAUCCGUAUACUUUAAGUUUAUAUUUUACAUCCUUUGAUAGAUUAUAUUUAUUGAUAUUACAUUAUGAAAAUAUUAUUAAAAUGUGUAAUGAAAAAAUAGAGAAUAAUGAAAAUUGUAACGAUGUUUAUUUAAGAAAAAAAAACAUUUUUUUUCAUUAUAUAAUUAUAACAUGUUAUGUAUUAUGUGAUUUAUUAUUAAAAAAAAAUUACAUAGAACAAGCAAUACAACUGUUAAAAGAUAAGAUAUUAUAUUAUGAUCCUAAUCAUAUAAAUACGAUAUCUUUAAUAGGAAAAUUAUCUUUACUUAUUGGAUGCUUUGAUUCAGCUAAAUAUUCUUUUAAUUUAGCUAGUAACCUAUCUGAAAAUAAAAAUUUUAAUCAUAUUAAAAUGAAUUAUAAUUUUUUAAAUUUAUAUUUAGAAGAAUAUAAGAUUGCAUUAAACGAAAUUUUACUAAUAUACUUAAAUAAUGAAGAAGAAGAUAAUAAUGCAGUAAAUGAUUAUUCAAUUUAUUGCAACAAUUUAGCAAUAACACAUUUUUAUAAUGCAGAUUUAAAAAAAUCUAUUCAAACUUUAGAAAAAGCUAUUAUGGACAAUUAUUUAAAUACUUUUCCUUCAGUAGUCAGAAAUCUCAAUUAUUUCUAUGAAUUAUCAAAAACGAAAAAUGAAACAGUUAAUAAAAUUAAUGAUAUUAUUAAAAAUAAUUUAAAUGAAGAUGAAGAAAUUUUAUCAUUAAUUCCAAGGAGUUGA